CACUCUACCGCUGUCCGCUGCCCACCGCGUGCGCUGCGCUCCCGUGCGGCACUGCCGGCGGCGCGACCCCGCGCCCAUUGGACGAGCUUCCGCCCCGCCCCGAUCGAUCCCGCCGCCAUGUCGUCGGCGGCCGUGUCGUCCUCUUCCUCCACCUUCUUCCUCGCGCUCGCCUCCGCCUCCCCCGGGGGCCGCAGGCGGGCUAGGGUCGGCUCCUCGCCGUUCCACACCGGCGCCAGCCUGAGUUUCGCGUUCUGGGCGCCACCGUCGCCGCCGCGCGCGCCCCGGGACGCAGCGCUGGUGCGCGCUGAGGCUGAGGCCGGGGGCAAGGACGCGCCGCCGGAGAGGAGCGGCGACGCCGCCAGGUUGCCCCGCGCUCGGCGCAAUGCGGUCUCCAAACGGAGGGAUCCUCUUCAGCCGGUCGGCCGGUACGGCUCCGCGACGGGAAACACGGCCAGGACCGGCGCCGCGUCCUGCCAGAACGCCGCAUUGGCGGACGUUGAGAUCAAGUCCAUCGUCGCCGCGCCGCCGACGAGCAUAGUGAAGUUCCCAGCGCCGGGCUACAGGAUGAUCCUUCCCUCUGGGGACAUAGCGCCGGAGACUGUCCUCCCAGCCCCGAAGCCACUGCAUGAAUCGCCUGCGGUUGACGGAGAUUCAAAUGGAAUUGCACCUCCUACAGUUGAGCCAUUAGUACAGGAGGCCACUUGGGAUUUCAAGAAAUACAUCGGUUUUGACGAGCCUGACGAAGCGAAGGAUGAUUCCAGGGUUGGUGCAGAUGAUGCUGGUUCUUUUGAACAUUAUGGGGACAAUGAUUCUGGGCCUUUGGCCGGGGAGAAUGUUAUGAACGUGAUCGUGGUGGCUGCUGAAUGUUCUCCAUGGUGCAAAACAGGUGGUCUUGGAGAUGUUGUGGGAGCUUUACCCAAGGCUUUAGCGAGAAGAGGACAUCGUGUUAUGGUUGUGGUACCAAGGUAUGGGGACUAUGUGGAAGCCUUUGAUAUGGGAAUCCGGAAAUACUACAAAGCUGCAGGACAGGACCUAGAAGUGAACUAUUUCCAUGCAUUUAUUGAUGGAGUCGACUUUGUGUUCAUUGAUGCCCCUCUUUUCCGGCACCGUCAAGAUGACAUAUAUGGGGGAAGUAGGCAGGAAAUCAUGAAGCGCAUGAUUUUGUUUUGCAAGGUUGCUGUUGAGGUUCCUUGGCACGUUCCAUGCGGUGGUGUGUGCUACGGAGAUGGAAAUUUGGUGUUCAUUGCCAAUGAUUGGCACACUGCACUCCUGCCUGUUUAUCUGAAGGCAUAUUACAGAGACCAUGGGUUAAUGCAGUACACUCGCUCCGUCCUCGUCAUACAUAACAUCGCCCACCAGGGCCGUGGUCCUGUAGAUGAAUUCCCGUACAUGGACUUGCCUGAACACUACCUUCAACAUUUCGAGCUGUACGAUCCCGUCGGUGGCGAGCACGCCAACAUCUUUGCCGCGGGUCUGAAGAUGGCAGACCGGGUGGUGACUGUCAGCCGCGGCUACCUGUGGGAGCUGAAGACAGUGGAAGGCGGCUGGGGCCUCCACGACAUCAUCCGUUCUAACGACUGGAAGAUCAAUGGCAUCGUGAACGGCAUCGACCACCAGGAGUGGAACCCCAAGGUGGACGUGCACCUGCGGUCGGACGGCUACACCAACUACUCCCUCGAGACACUCGACGCUGGAAAGCGGCAGUGCAAGGCGGCCCUGCAGCGGGAGCUGGGCCUGGAAGUGCGCGACGACGUGCCGCUGCUCGGCUUCAUCGGGCGUCUGGAUGGACAGAAGGGCGUGGACAUCAUCGGGGACGCGAUGCCGUGGAUCGCGGGGCAGGACGUGCAGCUGGUGAUGCUGGGCACCGGGCGCGCCGACCUGGAACGAAUGCUGCAGCACUUGGAGCGGGAGCAUCCCAACAAGGUGCGCGGGUGGGUCGGGUUCUCGGUGCCUAUGGCGCAUCGCAUCACGGCGGGCGCCGACGUGCUGGUGAUGCCCUCCCGCUUCGAGCCCUGCGGGCUGAACCAGCUCUACGCGAUGGCAUACGGCACCGUCCCUGUGGUGCACGCCGUGGGCGGGCUCAGGGACACCGUGGCGCCGUUCGACCCGUUCAGCGACGCCGGGCUCGGGUGGACUUUUGACCGCGCCGAGGCCAACAAGCUGAUCGAGGCGCUCAGGCACUGCCUCGACACGUACCGGAACUACGAGGAGAGCUGGAAGAGUCUCCAGGCGCGCGGCAUGUCGCAGGACCUCAGCUGGGACCACGCGGCUGAGCUCUACGAGGACGUCCUUGUCAAGGCCAAGUACCAGUGGUGAACCCUCCGCCCUCCGCAUCAAUAUCUUCGGUUUGAUCCCAUUGUACAUCGCGCGUUUGACGGUCUCGGUGAAGAACUUCAUAUGCAGUGACGCGCCGCUGGGGUCGGUAGCAGUACUAUGGGAUUGCAUUGAGCUGUGUCACUAUGUGCUUUCGACAGGACAGUAGUGAAGGUUGUAUGCAAGUUUAUUUUUUUUUUCAUUACUGAUAUUUGGAAUGUCAACACAAUAAAUGAAGCUACUAUGUGUUUCGUAAGUAUAAUGUUACUUAUUUAGGUGAUACUUCAUUC